CACCUAUCCACCCGUCGCAAAACAACGCCACUUUUAAUCACUCACAAUGUCCGUCGAUGAGAUGGAAGGGGUUGCUCAGGACCCAUCAGUGCACUUGCAGACCAACUUCCAGCUCUUGGAACGCGCGGUUGCCCAGUUCGACACACGCUUUACCCUUCGAGCUUUACGAAGCAUUUCGUCUUUACGGAAACAGCUUGCUGAGACAAAGCUCGCGCAUCUAGACGUAACGAAGCCGACAUCUCAGCUGCUUUUAGAAGCCGAGCAGGAACUGUCUGGCGAUGCAAGGAAGGAGUCUGUCCCUGAGAUCAGGAUAUACAUCGCCAUCCUCAUUCAGGUCUACCUGUGGGACUCCAGACGCUAUGAAGACGGUGCAAGGUUUUCAUAUCAUCUGGUAGACGAAAUUCGUGACCUCAACCGACGCACCCUCGACCCACUCGCCUCGCGUGCCUACUUCUACCUGUCUCUCUUCUAUGAGCAGCUAGAUCCCAAGCCACCAUCAAGACAAUCCCCGGUUAUCGAAAUCAGAGGCAAACUGCUCGCUGCCUUGAGAAGUGCGGUACUCCGGAAAGACACCGAAACACAAGCCUCUGUCAUCGUUCUCCUACUCCGCAACUACAUUUCCAUCGCAGACAUCUCGCAGGCAGAUGCUUUAGUCGUACAGACAUCGUUCCCUGAGAAUGCACCUCACAAUCAGGUGGCUCGAUUCUUGUACUAUCUGGGGCGUAUACGGGCUAUUCAGCUGAAUUACACGGAAGCCCACGAGCACCUGGUCUCGGCGACCCGCAAAGCACCUACUAAUGCAGUUGCUGUCGGAUUCUAUCAAGCUUCUAUGAAAUUUUUGGUGGUUGUUGAAUUACUCAUGGGAGAUAUUCCCGAACGAUCCAUAUUCAGUCAGCCGAAGCUUGAGAGCGCGCUUGAGCCUUAUUUCAGUCUCGUCAAAGCUGUAAGGUCUGGAGAGAUGAAGCAUUUCUUGAAGACUGUACAGGAGCAUUCAUCCACCUUCCACCGAGACGGCACUUACACUCUUAUCCUGCGCUUGCGCCAAAACGUCAUCCGCACAGGCAUCCGUAUGCUCUCUCUCUCCUACUCGCGCAUAUCACUUCGUGACAUAUGCCAACGUCUGGGCCUUGAGAGCGAGGAAUCAGCGGAAUUCAUUGUCGCUAAAGCCAUCCGAGACGGCGUCAUAGAAGCUACAAUUGACACUGAAAGAGGAUUUAUGCAGACCAAACAGGCAGGUGACGUGUACGCUACUCGUGAGCCAGCUGAAGCAUUCCACGAGCGCAUCAAGGCAUGUUUGUCAUUACAUGAUGAGUGCGUAAAGGCCAUGCGCUUCCCAAUGAAUCAGCAUCGGCUCGAGUUGAAGAAUGCGCAGGAAGCUAGGGAGCGGGAGCGGGAGCUUGCGAAGGAGAUUCAGGACGGGGAAAUUGACGAAGACGAUGCUGCAGGUGACUUUGAAGGGUUGUAAACCCGCAUGAGAGUCGUUGAAUCAGCAAGGAGUUCUCGGAGCCGUUGUAAAAUAGAGCUUCUAGUCUACCAAUGAUUAUAGUUCAGCACAGAUAGCACGUGAGAUCAAAUCUAUGAACGAAGGAUAUCAGUAUUUUUAA